UCCAAAAUAGUGUAGUAAAGUCAAAGCAUGAAUGAAAUAAACAAAAAUUAAUAAAUAUCAUUCCAGCUUAUUAGUUCAUCUCAUCAAAGUUUAUUAAAAUGUAAGAAACAGAUGUGAAUUUUUAUUGUGAUUGAUUAGUUAUUUGUUCAAUAAUGGCUGAGGAGUUAGCAGAAGACUACUCUAGUUAUUUUCAGGCAUCGAAUCUUCAAUCAGAGAUAUCGCCUAUUUCUACGCGCGUUGAUGAGAUGCUAUUGCGGUUGGAAGAAUUUGAAAAUCUGCUGGAAAUGGCCAAGCAGGAUACCUCUAUAGCAACGUUGCACAACAUUCCGAAAAUCGUUUCACUGAAACCACAAUUCGAUAGUCUCUGUGAACGUUUGGAUGGGUUGGAGAAAUUCGUUGCAAUGGUUUCGAAAAAUCUGGAUGUUGUCGAACGCCAGGUGCAAGUUGCCGAGGAAGAACUGGAUAUUCCCGAUAAAACGAUCAAUGUGCUGUUGAAAUCACUGAGCAUUUUUGGAAAGCCGAAGCAGGUUGAGAAGCAUUCAAAUCGUGAUGCUAAUGGCGUCUACAAUUCACCAGCGAUAUUUAAAACAGAGGAAUAUUUUGGACCACGAAGUAAACAAGUUGGCGAAGGGAGUGAGAAUGUCAAAGAGUGAUGCAGUAUCAAAGUUAUGUUCUACCAGUCAAUAAAAUUAUUUGUAUACAUUGA